AUGGCGGGUCCGUUUUUCCAAAGUACACCACACCUCCCUGUCCUGUCCGUUGUGUUGUUACUGAUCCUUCCUUUUGCCUACGCAUCGAGCCAUGCCUUCUAUAACAUUUUCUUCCAUCCUCUUCGUUCAAUCCCAGGCCCACUGCUAUGGCGAAUGACCAAAGUUCCCUACGACUAUUAUCUAUUCACUGGCAAUCUCAUACCCAAGAUCGCAGAACUCCACAGACAGUACGGCCCGAUCGUACGUACCGCACCCAACGACCUCAGCUGCACCGAAGCGGAAGCGUGGGAAGACGUCUUCGCUCAUCACCAAGGGAAGGCCGAGUGGCAGAAAAAUCCUGCUAGGCAGUCUAACCCACCGAACGGUAUGCCGAACAUCCUCGGCGCAGAUCGGGAGAACCAUGCAAGGUACCGCCGUCUUCUCGCCCACGCCUUCUCUGAGAAGGGUCUGCAGGAGCAGCGCGGCACAAUCAGCCACUACGUCGAUCUGCUCAUCGACCGGCUCCGUGAGCGGGCAAGGCGCGGCGAGAGUACAGAUAUGGUCGAAUGGUACAACAUGACCCUGUUUGACGUGAUUGGUGAUCUUGCCUUCGGCGCCUCCUUCAACAGUCUGCAGGAUCGGAAGCAGCACGAGUGGAUCCCAGCGAUCCUCGGAAACGUUCAGUCCGUCGUGGUUGCCAGCGUUUUCCGAGAAUAUGGUAUGCCAUGGUUGAACAGGUGGGCUGUACCCAGGCGAAUGCAGCAGUUAAGAGUUAGGAACUUUAUGUACGCUAAACAGAAGGUCGUUGAGCGUGCUGAGCUUGGUGCUGCACGCGGAGACUUUUGGGAUCGCAUACUGAUUAAGAGCGUGGACGAUAACGCAGGGGGUGAAGGCAUGAACCAAGGAGAGAUGCUCAACAAUGCCUCCGUGCUUGUACUGGGCGGCUCCGAGACAUCCGUUACCACGUUAAGCGGCUUGACGUACUUCUUACUCCAAAACCCGGAGAAGAUGGCGAUGCUAGUCAAGGAGAUAAGAUCCUCGUUUAAGUCGGACGACGAGAUUGAUGCCUUCUCGGUCGCACGUUUGACAUAUUUGUCCGGCGCUCUCGAAGAAACGAUGAGGCUUUACCCACCGGUUCCCUUUCCAGCAGCUCGCAUGCCUUCACAAGGUGAAGGCACAAUGUGUGGACUUUCCGUUCCGGAAGGGGUCAGCGUGCAGAUGUCACAAGUUGGUAUCGGUCAGCGCCCGGACUACUUCCAUCUACCUGAACAAUUCGUUCCCGAACGUUGGCUUGACGAGCCUCCCCCGGAGUUCGCAGGAGACAAUCGGAGCGCCCUGCAGCCGUUCGUUGUUGGCACUCGAAACGCAAGUAGACCCCGAAUUGGAAUCGAAAUCAGGCUAACAGACAUGCAGUGCAUCGGACGGAACCUAGCCUACGCCGAGAUGCGUCUCAUCGUUGCAAAACUGCUCUGGCACUUUGACCUCGAGGCGGCCGCGGGCGGAGUGGGUGAUGCUUGGCUGCAACAGAAGGCGUGGGGAUUAUGGUCAAAGAAGCCGCUAUACGUGAGGUUGAAAGACGUCGCGUCGUAG